AUGAGUCAGAUUGCACAACAAAUGACUAACUCUCAACCACAUGGUGCUCUACCUAGUGCUACGGUUACGUAUCCCAGAGACAAUAAUCAUGUGAACGCUGUGACUACCAGAAGCAAUAAAUCCAAUGACAAACCUGAGAAGAAUUCUGAUGAAGAAGAUAUGUUGAUUGAAGUGGAUGUAGAGAUUAAAGAAAAUGAGGUUGUAAGUCAAGAGGUCACGGGGGAAGAAAGGGUGGUAAAAGAAAAAGGCAUGAAGAUUUCGGUUAAAAAGAAAGAUCGAGGUUCAGUAACUAUUCCAUGCAACAUCGGUGAUAGGUCUUUCAAGAAAGCUCUGAUUGAUUUGGGAGCAAGUGUAAGUCUUAUGCCAUUAUCCAUCUACAAAAGAUUGGGAAUAGGUAAAGUACAAGAUACACGAAUGACACAUCAGUUUGCUGACCAAUCGGUGAAAAGACCGUACGGAGUGGUAGAAGACAUGUUGGUGAAAAUCGACAAGUUCGUAUUCCCUGUAGAUUUUGUUAUUCUAGAGAUGCCCGAAGAUGAAGAGAUACCAAUCAUUUUGGGGAGACCAUUUUUAGAGAUCGAGAGAUGCUUGAUCGACAUAGAGGAAGGUACAAUGACCUUGAAAGUCUAUGAUGAGGAACUAAAGAUUGAUGUGUGA